CACUUGGGGAAAAUUCUAACGUAACCUUCAUCGCGAUCAUUUCCUUUUGAUCGAGUUGACCAGCUAACCAAAUAUUCAAACCUUUCGUAAGUAAUAAUCGCUCAUGUUCAUUUUAGCCAAAUAUUUUUCUUAAAUAAACGAGGAAAUUUUUGCCUAUACAUACCUAUUCCAAGAUGGGCUUGCAUUUCGGCAGUCUCGGGGUCAAAGUCCGAGGACUCGUCACGGUGAGAUUGUCACCCUAUGAGCAAAAGCCCUUCGCUGGAGCCGUUUCCAAAGGUUUCCCCAACAUGAUCAGACGGGUUCAAGAAGAAGUUCUGUUUGUUGUACCUCCUUUCGUCAUCGGGUAUCUCAUCUACGCAUGGGGAGAAGCAGCUUACCAAAAUAAUUUGAGGAAACAAGACGGGUCCUUCGAAUGUGCCAUUGCAGCUGCUGGGAAGGCUGAAGAAUAAGCCCGUCAUAAUGCCUCAUCCCGUGACUAAAAAAGAAUAACAAAUCUUCAGUUAUUUAUUCAAACAAGGAAAAUCUUUCAAAAAAAUUUCGUUCGCUUUUAUUCUCUCCAGCCCGAAUUCCAAUUGAAAUAUAGAAAGAAUUCGCGCAGUCGAUGAAAUCCAGAAGA